UUUCAUUCCUGCUUGCAAACAAUUCUGCAUCUUCGGUCACCAUGGCAACCAUGCCGAAGCCAGAAUGGGAGCCACGUAUUACCUAUUUAUUUGUCACAGUUAUGCUCAAAACCAACUGUGUAAAUGCGAUUGAUGCUAAUGGGUUUGUAAUCAGACGGUAUGUUGCAGGUGCUUUUGUUCCAUCAACCGACAACAAUCAAUCUUAACGCGGUUUUCCAACCCGCUUCCCGCAUAGACUGCUUAGGCAGCGUCUGCGCCAUAUAUACAAGCAGCACUGGUUCGUGAUAGUUUAUUUAGUAUUGAUUAUCUGGGCUUAUUCUGAUUGACGGGAGAGAGAAAAAUAACAGAGUCCACAGAUCCGCCUGCCCCAUUGGGCGUUAGACAGUGAGCGGGGAGCGUUGGAUGAAACCAUAGGCGUGGUUUUGGACAGAGAUGCUCCGUCUGCUCCCGCUGGGAUCCCCACCUGCCCUCACACCGCGCCUGUCACCGGGCCAGCUGGCGUCCUCCUCCCUGCUCCACACUUCUCCUUACUUUUCAUCUCUAGCUACCACAGAGGAUACGCGCUCGUAUUUUUUCGUCCAGGUCUGUGCAUCAGAGAAGGGGGAAUCCGGGUGCGAUCACCCUCCCCUCCCCAGAAGAAGGAGCGAAGGAGGAGAUAACCGGAGCGCACUGCGCGUCGCCUGGCCUCCUGGCAGCAGAAGCAACGGGAGAAGGAGGCGCAAGUACCAAGAGCGAUUCCCAAGGAUGGAAAAUACACGAAAAAUACCCAGGAGAUUGCUGCGGCUCGGCUUAGUUGCGGCGGUGUGUGUAGUACUUUCAGCGGAGAGCAAAAGAGCCAGGCAGCCGCGCUGUCCCAUGUCAUGCACAUGCACCAAAGAUAACGCGUUGUGCGAAAGCGCAGUGUCGAUUCCUCGCAGCUUUCCCCCCGAUGUCACAUCUCUAUCAUUUGUCAAGUCGGAAUUCACGGAAAUCGCCAAGGAGAGCUUUAUCCACACCCCUGCCCUGCAUCUGCUCCUGUUCACAGCAAACAACCUGGAAUCUAUAAACGAGGACGCCUUCCUUGGACUUCCUCACCUGGAGUAUCUAUUUAUUGAAAACAACCAAAUCCAGUCAAUAUCACCAUAUGCUUUCCGGGGACUGAAGACCUUGGUGCACCUGAGUCUGGCCUACAAUAAUCUGGAGACUCUCCCUAAAGAUUUGUUCAAAGGUCUUGAGGCCUUAACAAAAGUAGACUUGCGUGGGAAUCACUUCAUGUGUGACUGUAAGCUGAAGUGGUUGGUAGAGUUGAUUUACAGCACCAACGCCACUGUGGACCAGAUCUACUGCAAAGGCCCAGCAUCACAUCUGGACAAGAGGAUCAAUGACCUGUCGCCGCAGUCCUUCGACUGCAUCACCACAGAGUUUUCUCCCUACCAGUCCCUGAAAUUUGAAUCCAUAUCAGUGGAAGCAUUUUCAUUCAGGAAUGACCAGUAUGUUGUUUUCGCCCAGCCAUUCAUUGGGAAGUGUGGCUUCCUUGAAUGGGAUCAUGUUGAGAUGAACUUUAGAAACUUUGAUGAUAUUGACAGUACAUCCACUGUCAUCUGCAAGCCUCUAGUCAUUGACAACCAGCUGUUCAUCGUUGUGGCUCAGCUGUUCGGAGGCUCCCACAUCUACAAGCGGGACACCUCUGCCAACAAAUUCAUCAAGCUUCAAGGCAUUGACGUCCUGACUAUCCGCAAGCCAAAUGACGUAGAGACGUUCCGCAUUGAUGGAGAGUCCUUCUUUGUUAUAGCAGAUAGCUCCAAGGCCGGCUCCACCACCAUCUACAAGUGGAAUGGAAACGGCUUCUACUCCCACCAGUCCCUCCAUCAGUGGUACCGUGACACAGAUGUGGAAUACCUCGAGAUCUCAUCCAAACCUCACCUGAUCCUGUCCAGCAGCUCUCAGAGGCCCGUCAUCUACCAGUGGAACAAAGCCACCAAGAUGUUCGACAGACGAACAGACAUCCCAGAGAUGGAGGACGUUUAUGCUGUGAAGCACUUUCAGGUCAAAUCUGAUCUCUACAUCUGCAUGACGCGCUUUAUCGGAGACUCCAAGGUGAUGCGAUGGGAUGGGGCCCUCUUCAGAGAGUUACAGACCAUGCCCUCUCGAGGCUCCAUGGUGUUCCAGCCCUUCACUGUGGGCAGCUGGCAGUAUGCCAUUCUGGGCAGCGACUACUCCUUUACCCAGGUGUACCGCUGGGAUGCCAAGAAGGGCGAGUUUGUUCGCUUCCAGGAGCUGAACAUUCAGGCGCCAAGGGCUUUUUCUCCAGUUUCCAUUGACAACCGUCAGUUUCUGCUGGCCUCCAGUUUCAAAGGAAAGACUCAGAUCUACGAGCAUUUAGUCAUUGACCUGAGUAAUUGAGAGAUUGUGGUUUUUCCUAUGGAACCUUUAGUGACUUUUGUGAUAUUUUGUUGUGUUCAUGGAGAAGUCUGUAAUAGCCAGUGGAGCGCUAAAAAACUACAAUUUAUGGUCCUCACUUUAUAAAUUUACAUCCACUCAUUUUUAAAUUCAUACCACAAUCUGCAUGAUCAUUCUAAAGAUAAAAAGUACAUUUCUUAACCCAAAUAUAUGUCUGAGAGGCAUGCAUCCCAGUUUAGGAUACAUCCAAUAUUCUUUCGAGUUAAUGCAUGAAAGGCCAGACGCAAACCAUCAGUAACACCUAAAAAUCUAAAAUCGGCCUUCAAAGGUUUAUAACCAUUCAUGAUCAAGCUUUUACUAUACUUAAUAUAGUUUAUACAGUUAUUCUCUAAAGUGUAAUGCUUUACAGAAGAUAGUUAUACUUUUUAAACUGUUAACAUAUUUUAACUGAACAAAUCUGCCUAGACACAAUGUUUACAUUUUUCUGUCCUUCCAUUUGUAUACUAUAAGAUUUGUAAAUCAAGCCUUUUUGUAAGUUAAGAGAGGGGCAAUAUGAGAUUUGAUCACAUGGAUUUAUGAAAGGAAUAUAAACACAGAGGUUGCCACGCAUAUUUUAAGUUUUGUCACGUCUUUCUGCAAAGGUCCAUCCCGAUUCCUAAAAGUUCAUGAAAGAAGUUUACUUUGAUUUUUCUGGCAGACAUUUCUGCAGGGGUCAGAAUGGUACAGGUAAAACACUGCAGAUGGACUGAUGGAUGGAUGGACGGACAAAGGAAUUAAUGAAUUGUUUAGAUGACAGACCGAUGGACAAACACGUGAACUUUAUAGAAGUGGAACUCUAGAAAAUCUGAAAUGACAAUGAUUUCAGGCAAAUUUUUAUUUUGCCGUUUCAGGACCUGGAAAACAUCUGGAAUCUUCCAAACAAAGCAGGAACCCUGUAUACAGACAUAUUGUGAAUCUGCCCGUAUGUCCUUGCAACUUUUUUAUUGUUAAUGCUUGGUAAAGUGUUUAAAGUACUGAGCAGUUUUUCAUAACUGGAAACAAUCUCUUAAAAAGACACUAAAAAUGAAAAGAGACUGCUGUUCAUAUUCUAUAACUAUCAUGUGCGCAAAAUACAUAAUUUCUGUCUUGACUUAGAUGAGCCUCGUCAUUUAGAGUCAAUAAAAGUGUCUUUUUCAUCU